AGUAUGACGAGUCUAGGAUAGCCCGUCACAAAGUGGGAAAAACCGUCUUUUAACACUAUGGUGGGUUCAGUAGUUGUAUAUAAAUAGCAGUUAGCACUGCAUUUCACACUUGUAUUUCAGUGUUGAUAUUUUUCAGCGCGUUUUUGCUGCUAUUUCGGCGUGUUUUCGCUCUCCCUUUCACUUAAAUUCCAAGAAACCUUACAUCUUUCAUGGAUCAUCUCCAGGACAAUUAAAGGGAGAUUGCUGAAAAAUGGCUGAAAAUACUAGUGUUUGUCCAAAGCCUAUGCAGGCUACAUCCACUGGAGUCUUCCAAGGAGAGAAUCCUCUUGACUUUGCACUUCCCCUUGUAAUUAUACAAAUAAUCCUUGUUCUCGUUCUCACUCGUACCUUAGCUUUCUUGCUUAGACCACUCAGGCAGCCUCGUGUCAUCGCUGAGAUUAUUGGAGGAGUGCUACUAGGGCCUUCUGCUUUUGGUCGUAACAAGGCGUUCCUGCAUACAAUAUUUCCUCCCAAGAGUCUAACAGUAUUGGACACACUUGCUAAUCUUGGUCUCAUCUUCUUUCUGUUUCUUGUGGGCCUAGAAAUGGAUCCAAAAGCAUUACGCCGAACAGGAAAGAAAGCCAUGAGUAUUGCACUUGCAGGCAUCUGUUUACCCUUUGCUAUGGGGAUUGGCACUUCAUUUAUCCUUAGAGCAACCAUUUCAAAAGGGGUCAGCCAAGGUCCCUUUCUUGUAUUCAUGGGUGUUGCCCUCUCUAUCACAGCUUUUCCCGUGUUAGCCCGUAUCUUAGCUGAGCUCAAGCUUCUUACUACUGAUGUGGGUCGUAUGGCCAUGUCAGCAGCUGCAGUAAACGAUGUGGCAGCCUGGAUUCUCCUUGCUCUAGCCAUCACUCUUUCUAGCACUGACAAAUCUCCUCUUAUCUCCUUGUGGGUAUUCCUCUGUGGUGCAGUUUUUGUCGGUUUGUGCAUUGUUAUAGUCCCUCGCGUGUUUGAGUGGAUGAAUCGGCGUUGCCCUGAUGGUGAGCCGGUGGAUGAGCUAUUCAUUUGUGCCACAUUAGCUGCAGUUUUGGCAGCUGGAUUUGUGACUGAUACUAUUGGAAUCCAUGCCUUAUUCGGGGCAUUUGUUCUUGGGAUUCUAGCACCCAAGGAAGGGCCUCUUGCCAGUGCCUUGGUAGAAAAGGUUGAGGAUCUUGUGACUGGUCUCCUCCUUCCUUUGUACUUCGUUUCCAGCGGUCUUAAAACAAAUGUAGCCACCAUUCAAGGGGCUCAAUCAUGGGGGCUUCUGCUUCUUGUUAUACUAACUGCCUGUUUUGGCAAGGUUGUCGGGACUGUUGUUGUCUCUCGCCUCUGUAAACUGCCUAUGAACGAGGCUGUUGCUCUCGGGUUUCUGAUGAACAGCAAAGGUUUGGUGGAGCUGAUUGUCCUGAAUAUUGGUAAAGAUCGAAAGGUGCUAAAUGAUCAAACUUUUGCAAUCAUGGUUCUUAUGGCCCUAGUCACCACCUUCAUGACAACACCAAUCGUGACUGCGGUCUAUAAACCAGCUAAGAGAGUACGUCCAUAUAAGCUGAGAACGGUCCAAAGAAAAGACCCCGGCUCUCAACUCCGAAUCAUGGCAUGCUUCCACAGUGGACGGAACAUCCCAACAAUGAUCAACUUGAUUGAAGCUUUGCGUGGGAUAGAGAAGAAGCAAGGGCUUGCAGUGUAUGCAACGCAUCUCAUAGAGUUUUCCGAGAGGUCUUCUGCAAUUAGAAUGAUCCACAAAGCCCGGAAAAACGGGCUUCCGUUUUGGAAUAAGGCGGCGAUGCAGUCAGACUCGAACCAAGUCGUGGUGGCCUUUGAGACGUAUGGGCAACUCAGCCGGGUCCAAAUCAGGCCCAUGACUGCAAUCUCUCGGUUCUCUGACACGCAUGAAGACAUUUGUGCUAGUGCUGAGAGUAAAAGGACUGCCCUCAUUAUCCUCCCCUUUCACAAACACCAGAAAGUUGAUGGAACACUAGAAACCACAAGACAUGAGUAUAGCAUGAUUAACAAGAAGGUUCUUCAACAUGCUCCUUGCUCAGUUGGUAUUCUUGUAGACCGGGGGCUCGGUGGGUCUUCCCAUAUAGCAGCCAGCAACGUUGACUCAACCGUUAGUGUUUUUUUCUUCGGUGGGGCUGAUGACCGUGAGGCACUGGCCCUUGGUCAACAGAUGUCUGAGCAUCCAGGGAUCAAUCUCAUCGUAGUCCACUUCAAAGCGGACCCCACCAUGACGAGAGGUGAGAUUGUGGCUCUAGAUAUCGGUGAUAGUAGCAGCAACAGAGACUCAAGGGGCUCUGACGAGAAGGUCAUUGAUGCUAUUAAGCAAAAAGCGAACAAGGGUGGGUCAGUCAAGUACGAGAUAAGAGUGGUGAAAGAAAAUUCUGAUGCUGUAAGCAUAGCAAAGGAAUGUAGCCGUUGUAAUAUGGUUUUGGUGGGUCGAUCACCAGAAGGUAUGGUGGCUGCAAAUUUGGGUCUUGCCGUACUAAAGAGUGAGUCCCCUGAGUUAGGACCCAUCGGGGGAUUGUUGACCUCACAGGAGGUCUCAACAAAUGCUUCUGUUUUGGUGAUCCAGCAAUUCAGUGGCAGUUCAGAGCCGGUGACCGUGACCGUGACCGUGACCUUUGAGGAGGAAGAAGCAACUAAUGGAACUGAAACUGACUGAUCUGGAAGAAGCAAUUCUAGUGGGAGUAAAUUUUGGCAAAGAUGAUAUCAGUUCUGUAGUUAAAUUGCUUUCCAUGCAUAUGCUUUAUAAUGAUUCUCAAGAUAUGAAUUCUUCUUCCAGAUAAAUGCUGAUUAGUACUCAGACACCAGAUUAGUGUCAAUACUCCCCAACCUCCUAAACAGUAGACCACAUUUCUAAACUUAGUAGUUUUAGUUAUGAUUUAAACUUUUUAUUUCUA